UGACCCCACAAUUACUAUGCACAUACAUUAUUGCUUCUCUACUAACUUUUAAUUCCGGUUUUAGAAUCUUUCCUUGAGGCACGUACAGAACUACCAUAAGAGGAAAGUGUUAGCAGGAGGACUGUGGAGUAGACCGGAGAUCCUGAUAACGUUGGACAUAAUUCGUGACAAAUCAUAAAUCUUACCAAUUAUACACCAUCAAGACGGUGUGAGUGUGCUGCUUGAUCAACUGAGUGAUGCUGUUCUCCUUGACUUCCCUGUACACUGUCGUUGUUGGCUUUGUCAUUGGGUUUAUAUUUCUACCUGAUCUUGCAAAGUUCUUCAAUGUCACUCUUUCACAGCAAACCAAAGCAGGGGCUACCUUAAGACUGCUGAGUAACAUCCGUUUCAAGACCAUUGCUCUGUUGCGUUUUGGCAAGCCAUUGUACACCUUGGAGGUGUCGAAGAUCUUUGUUUUCCCGAUCAAGUCGUGCUCAUACAUUCAGCCAAAUGAGUGGGAGAUUGAUGAGCAUGGGUUCAAACAUGAUAGACAGUACAUGCUUGCCUUCUGGGAGCCGAAGAAGCAGAUAUAUGAGGCCUAUACCCUCCGGAACGCCACGAGACUGUCACUUGUUAGGAUUGACUACAAUCUGAAGGAGAACUACUUUGAGUUUAUCUACCCUGUUAUUGAUAUGGAGGGAAAGACCGUUGGCGAGAAGAGCUUCAGACUCCCAUGUAACGUUACUCCAGAGUUCAUUGCGCAGAACAGAAAUGACGAUUCCGACCACGAGACGAAUCUCUGGGAUGUCCAUUUCAGCUCAAUCGACAUCGGCAAGGCUCUUCCAGACGAGUUCAAGAUCUCGAUGCAGCUGAACAGACCCGGAUCAACUCUGCUAUACGCCUCCAAGCCUAAAAGUGUUAAAACUGGCCAUCCAAGUGGCAUUCUCAAGAGCUUCCGCACAACGUAUUUCCAGGACUACUACCCUAUGAAGUUCCUGGCAGACGAAGACAUUGACACGCUGAAUUCCAAGAUCGUCUCCAAGGGACUGGACUUCAAGGCCAAAGCCCUGCAUUUCCGCCCAAACUUGGUGGUCAGAGGCCUGAAGCUGCCAUACCAGUCGCUGGACAACUGGUACCGUUUCCGGAUGGAAACCGAUACCGGCUACCACUACUGGAAUGCCACGGAGAAGUGCCCUCGGUGCUCUGUUCCGAAUAUGAAGCUCGAUGAAGGAGUCAUGGAUAAAAAGAUGGCUGUCUCCAAGACCCUAAGCUCGUACAGGAAGGUGGACUCAGGCGACAAACAUUUGCACUUCCUCGGCAUGUACGCCAUCAACCUCGACGAAGGCUACACGGUGAAGGUUGGCGAUAAAGUGACCUUGCUUGAGGAGAAGGUCCAGCCGUACGUAGGCCCCAAAUAAUUCGCCAUAGGCAACUCUGCAAAGGCUUCAUGGCCAGAGCUGACAAUGUUCAU